AUGUCCACCACCGAAUCCUUGUUAUCCGACUUGUGCACCAUAUGGUAGGACCAGAAGUUCCCUCGCGUCCCAUCUCUCACUGCAUCCACGGUACGCCCGACGCCAUCGCCGGCGCUGGGCCGUCACGUGAGAUCCCUGGUGGUCAUUCACUCGAGUUGCUUGGCACGUGCUGAUCAUCACAGCUACUCCGAGAAGCCGAAGUAUCGCUGUCCAAGGUGCAGCACUCAGACCUGCUCUCUUCCCUGUUAUAAGAGACACCAGCAACGCGCCAGUUGCAGCGGCAAGCGCGACCCCGCAGAAUAUCGGAAGAAGAGCCAACUUGCCACACCUACCGGCAUCGACAGAGACUAUAACUAUCUGAAAGGCGUGGAGCUCACAAUCGACCAUGCCAGCCGCGAGACCCAGGACCGAGGCAUCGGCGUCCGUGGAGUUUCGAAGACUUUCAACAAGAACUUCCACCCGGACAGCAAUCUGCAGAAAUACCUGCGAGCGAACAAUAUACAAGUCCAGCGAGCUCCCCGGGGUAUGAGUCGGCAAAAGCUCAAUAAUACCAGAAACACAAAGUAGGCGCAUUCCGCCGUCUCAUUCCGCUUCUCGCUAACAGCCGCUCAGGGCCGGUCACAUCAUGUGGACUGUCGAACUGGUAGAUGGGCAUGGCAAUGCCGAAAUACACGACGACUGCUUGGAAGACAGGACCCUGAGCGAGUUGUAUGCGCAUAUUCAGCGUGGAAAGGGUAAUGCCGAGAAGCGCAGGCUGGGUUUGGAACAAGCGGGGAGCUCGAAACCUGCGAAGAAACGAAGAUUGCGAGAACGGCCAGCGGGUUGCCAACUCGGCGGACAAUCCACUCCAGUCGCCAAUGCGCCCUUGGAGACCGCUUCUGACGUUGCGACUGCAGUUGCUGGACGUCCAAUCGUGGCGGAAGUCGAAGUUGAAGAGAUUCCAAAACCUGACGAACUGCCAGAACAUGCAAUCGCAUCAAUGAUCAACCCUGACGCACCUGAAACUGGAGACAUGGAAGGCGACGAAUCGACCAGGGAGGACCCUGCGGCGAGAUUGGAAGGCGAACCCGAGAGCGGCCCUGAACAAAGUUGCUCCUUCUACCUUCUAAAACCUGGCACAAGCACGGCGUCAAAAGUCCUCGUCCCGCUGGACAGCAAUAGAACACUCACAGAAUCACUACAAACUCAGAGUGUCCUGGAAUUUCCGACUAUAUACAUUCUCUCUCAUGCGCCGGACCAGUUGCCCGAUGGAUUCAUGCUUGCAACAGAGUAUACUCAACUUCAGAGAGGAGAAGAGGAAGAACUGGAAGAAGCCAUGAAGAAGGCUGGGAGCGAAGGCAUCAUGCAACGCACGAACGGUCAUGAAGAACGGCCGGCUCCCAGCGCAGUGGACGCGAACAAGAUUCUUGACAUGCUCAAGCGAGAUGUGACAAGGUAG